AUGGAGCUCAAGAGGGGAAAGACCUUCAUAAAAUCCAGUGUGCAACAUGAGAAAGGGCCACCAGUGCUCUCAGUUCCUAUAAGCAAAGACAAUACAGGGAAAGACAAAACAGCAGCUCUGGAGGGAAACCAAAGCGUAGCUGAAGUCCAGCUGGCAUGUGUGGCCACACACAAGAACUACAGAUUCUCUACCAGAGCAACAAGGAAUGGAGCUGGUGACCACAGCCUGGAAAAAUCAUCUGGGUCCUCCUACAAACUUGUAAGGAAGAGUAAAACCCAUGACUGUGUUGCUGAGGCAGACAAAACAGAGCACUGCAGCUCCAGCAGUAGGGCCUGUGAGGAAGGGUUUUCUGGAAAGGGUAAGGGCCGGCUUGUGAACAGCAUCAGCUUUUCAGGUAUGUCCAGCUCUUCCAGCAGUAAGAAAGAGUGUGUGGUCAGCCCCAACCAGUCUGCAUGCAGCAGCCAGAUGAUUGAUUACAGGAACUUUGUGCCACAGAUGCCUUUUGUACCAGCUGUCGCAAAAACCAUUCCAAGAAAGAGGAUUUCCCUCAAGAGAUCUAAGAAAGGGCUCAGAGAUAUAUUCCAUAUAAGAAAAAACAAACCAGACAGCCUCACGUUCCUGAUGGAGAAGGACAAGAAUCUGUCUUCUCCAGCCUGCAAGAGUGAGUUGUCCGGGAGCCUUGCGAAUUACCUUUUCAAAUCUGGUGAAAACUUUGCAGCUGACUACUUGUCCCAAGACUGUUCAGACAGUGAACUGCAGUCUGACUCUUCCUAUGACUGCUGCAACACCCUGUGUGAAGACGUUGCCUCUCUGAAGAGCUUCGACUCCCUCACCGGCUGUGGGGAAAUCUUUGCUGAUGAGAGCUCUGCUCACCUGGAGCUGGAGAACAGCAAGGAAGUUCUGCUGCGGCGAAGCAAGCACAAAGACAGCCCUGUCAUGGGCUCUUUCCAAGGGGGGGUGGAGCAGCUGGCCUCUCCUGGCCAGAGUGAGACUGCUGAAUUUGCAAAAUUCUGGGAUAACAUCAACAAAUCAGUGAGGCUGCAUCAGAGUGCUCUGUUUGAUAAGAAGGCACGGAAGGUACCUGGUCCUGACGUGGAAACACCUAAAAGCCAGGCUGCUGUGUCUGUGAUAGUCCCCCAGGUGUUGCCUGAUGAAGACGGUGACAAUUCCAAAGAGAGCUCCGCAGAAACAGGGACGCCAAAAAGUGACAAUCAGGAAUCCAUAUCCACAAGUGAUGAGGGCUACUAUGAUUCAUUCUCUCCUGGACAAGAUGACGAAAUGAAGGAAGCUCAGACCCCUGGGGUCCCAAGUAGAUUUCCAAGAGACAGCUACAGUGGAGAUGCCCUUUAUGAGCUCUUCUAUGACCCAAAUGAAGUAAAAAUAAACUCUGUCUUAGACGAUGACCUGUGUGCAUCUGAAAGUUUUUCAGAACAAGCCAUUGAAAUCCCUUUGUCCAUUUACAGCUUUCAUGUUGGAGCUGAGGAGAACAUGGCUUCCCAACCGGCUCUAGACAUUAUCAGCCAGGGUUUUUUCCACAGCACAUGGAAAGGCAAAGAGUGUUUGCUAAAGCUCUGCGAUACUGAGCUUUCCCUGACCAUGGGCAUAAUAAACUGGCUGCGUAAACAUGCAGGACUCAUUUCCUCCCCUGACUCUCCUCAGAGUGCUCAGUCACAGCCAGACAAGUCUAAUGGUUCAUCAAUCCCAACCAGCCCCAGUCCAGAGCAGAAAGUGAGCACAGCUCAGCAGGAGCAACCAAGCAAACAAGAAUUGAAUGCAUUUAACCUAUGUGUGUCCUUGGAUGAAAGCAAGCAUGCAACCCAAGCUUCCUCAGAAAACAUUGCUGAAAGAGACCACAGCCUAGACUCUUGCCUGAACACAUCUAAUCUGGAUUUCCAAGGCAGGGAAGGGAAUAGCCACAAGGAUCCACCUACAGCUCCUGGGAAGGCGGAAAUUACCAGAGCACCAAACUACACACCACGCUCACUGGAUAACACAGACAAUCUGCUGACAUCUUCAACUGAGAUUGAGAAGAUGACAAUCACAGAUGCAUGUGAGACAUCCAGAGACAAAACCCCACUGCCAGAAAAGCUGAGCAGAGAGAGUGGCUCUCAGAGCUCUGAAAACCCUCUGUUAGAUGACAAUAACGAAGUAGAAUCAUGUUACUCCUACAAGACUGCUGCGACCUCACUCCUGGACACCCUUGAGAGGGAGGACAGAAAUAAACCAACUUAUCACUCUGUUUCCUGUGACAAACCACUGCAGCCUCUGACUCCCAGACACUUUCAGAAUUACAUUAGCCCCACACCAACAGAGAGCAGCCCUAACAUAGUGCAGCUCUUAGAGCGCUGUGUAACUCAAGUGGCAUCAUUUAAAAUCAGCUAUGAAAACAAGCACCUGGAAGACAAAUGCAUUGGGAAUGAAAUGAACAAUAUCAUUUGUAAGAUAUCUCAGUACAAAAACAAGUUACUGCUGCAAAAUGAAUGCAACUGCAUUGCCCAAAAUCCAGAAUACUCAACUAUUCCUGGCACAAACCAAUAUGAGACAAGUUCCCAAUCUGGCAGUCUGUAUCAUGUGAAGCAAAACGGGGAGCAAAGUUACUCUGAACAUCAGAAAAGUAGAGCAAAAAUCCUAGACGAGGUCACUAGAAGCAAAAUGAACUUUGAAUAUGCCCAGGUAAAUAAUCAAGCACUCUGCUGUUUAAAAGACAUUACAUUUGACCUCAGUCCAAGUGACUGUGCCCCUGCUACAACUCUUAGUAGACCAACAUUUUUACCUCUCUUUAACUCUGUCUGCUCAGACAUACCUGCUACUUUCUCACAAGCUUCAUGCAGCUCCACCAUCCCUCAUGCUGACCUGGUGCAGUCCAAGGAGCCCAAGCACUGCAGCCCAGGGCUGUGGAGUUAUGCAGAGACUCCCUGCAGGGGCAUGGCUCAGUUGAGUGCUCUGUCCCCUCACCUAGAGGCAUCAACCCCGGACACAGCAGUGACAGGGAGGAACCACCAGUAA